UAUAAAAUUAUAAUAGUUGGAGAUUCAAAUGUUGGCAAAACCUGUUUAGCAUGGCGAUUUUGUAGCGGACAAUUUCUGCAUAAAACUGCAGCAACAAUUGGUGUCGAUUUUCAAGAAAAAUCGAUGGAGUUAGAAGGUGAAAUAAUCAAGUUGCAAGUAUGGGAUACUGCAGGGCAAGAACGAUUUCGAAAGAGUAUGGUCCAACACUAUUAUCGUAACGUUCAAGCCGUAAUAUUUUGCUACGAUGUAACCAAAUUAGCCUCCUUUGAUGCUCUAGCAAUAUGGUUAGAAGAAUUCGAUCGCUACAGCACUACUAACAAUAUACCACGUAUAUUAGUUGGCAAUAAAUGUGAUUGUAAAAGUAAAAAGGUAGUAAGUUCUAAUAUGGCCAGAAAAUUUGCCGACGCUCAUAAUAUGCCAUUAUGGGAAACUUCAGCUAAAGAUGAUAAAGAACAAGACACCAUUCGCGCCAUUUUCCUUACAUUGGCCCAUAAAUUGAAAUAUCAACGACCCUUAAUG